GAGUCGAAGUUGUUAAGCAGUAGCAUACUACUAUCUUUUGACGAUAGUUCUAACAACACAGUAGACAUUUAAGCCAAAAGACUUAUUUUGGGAAGGAAUGCUCCAGGUAGUAGUCUCUGCUACAGUAAUGAUUGCAUUAGCUGAGUGUACUUACACUACGUCAUCUGAGCUGCUUCUUGCAUAUUUUGUCCCUCACAGUGGUGCCUUGAGCUCUUCUCAAGCUGUUCUUUGUCUCUUCCCAUUAACUGAUUUCCAUCCCCUAGUAAUCGAAUGAUCCGUGCCGUCUGUCUUCUCUGAGUGUGUCAAUGUAUAUUGGCUUUGUGACCUCUGACACUGCUGGUCUUUGGUGUGGUGGUGGGGUCCUUAAAGCAAAACUGUCAAUACUGUUUCUUUUUAAAUUUUGCCCAUCAGCCACAAUCCUUAUGUGAAACAUGAGCGCACGUGUCUUUCCCAUUUCUGUGCGUUCUAAAGAGAGAAAAACAGUUAGCAUGAAGGAGCUAACAGUGCACGUCAUGGGACACACCUUUUUUUGACAAUAAAGCCCUCUAAAAAACCUCCAAAAACAUUUUAGCAUUUUAUAUCCACGCUAUGACCAUGCAGUAACAGGUAAAUUCAUGAUAAUAUAUGCAAUACUUUAUGCAUAUGUUAUAUGCAUGUUAUAUGUUAUAUAUUAUAAUACUUACUUUUAAAUACUUUUGCCAUAUUCUGAUCAUCUUAAACAUUACCGGAACAUUGGCAGACUUUGUGAGAGCCGCCGCCGCCUACUUUUGGACAAAUGAGGAUGCAGAACCUUAUGUUUUUGAGCCUGAAUAUACUGAGGAAGAGCUACAGCCCGCAAGAAGAGAGGUUGAAACUUCGCAGUAGAUGGAAGGCAAGUCAUUACACCGGCAUGACUUGGUGUGAAUGUGGAGCUUCCCAAGCCACGCCAACAGAAAUGGAGUGUUUCUGCUGCCCUGAGUGGCAUGCAGCGUUACCAUCGAUGGAAAGGCUUUGUGUUUAUGUCGAGGAGUUACGUGCAUUGUUACCUCCCACAUGCUAGCUGAUUUUUAGUGGUUUUUCUCUGUUUCUAGCACACACGUGUGGUCAUGUUUCAUGUAAGGAUUGUGAAUGAUGGGCAAAAUUUAAAAAAUAAAAGUAUUACAGUAUAAGUAUUAAAGUUUUCCUUUAAGAACAAACUGGAUGGUCCUCAGAAAGUGGGUGCUGUGGGGAUUUUUUCUAAUGCAUUGACAGCAUAACAAUUUAACAUAGUAUGGUGUGGUUCUGUCGUGAUUCUAUUCAUUAGUGUGGUCAUUUGGUGCUUGCAUGGACGCCAUGUUUUUCCCCUCAUGGGACGGUCAAACCGCAUAAGAAGGGAUACUCUCCAGCGGGACCACCCUUGGGAACCAGAGACAAUAACUAACAGCUGGAGGUGAUGGGCCUGAAGUUAACUGACUGCGUGACAGGGUGAUGAGGUGACCCACUUUCACCUCUGCCGUUACACUACAUAAAGGAGCCGUCACGACAAUAUGGGGAGAUGGUGCUGAGGGAUAUUUAGCAUUCCAACUUAAUGAUCCUACUUAAGUUUGUGUUUAUCACUCCCUUCCCUCUAUCUACACAGCAUUGUCCAAAACUGAAUUCUUUAUUCCCAUGCAUUAAGCGUGACUACCAGGCGCACAUGCUCCAUCCUCACACCCGCUUUGACUAACGUGUCAUGACAGCUCAAGAUGUCAUGCCAUGAGUACAGUAUUGUCUGAGUUCUUUAGGUUGAAUCAAGCAUCACAGUUGCUUUGUGAUCAUGCCCUGCUGAUGAACAGAUGAUUUCCACAGACUAAAACAACCCUAAUCAGAGUAUUUUAGUCUCUACAUUGGCCUUGGUUCUAUAAGCAGGAAGUGUGACACACAUUUGUUUUAUUCAAUGUAAAGGGUGAAGCAGGUGUUUCACCCGAUAAUCCUUUAGAGGAAAGCUAUUGACCAAUCAGUGCCAACAGCUCCCGGGGGACAGGCACCUGAGGGGCCUUGUAAGUAAUUAGGUGAAACCAAAUGAAAUGGAUUGGCAAAUUGUGGGAUAUAAAUAGAAUGGUCCUGGUUUGGUCCAGUGUUCAGCUAUAUGACAAUGCAUUUUUGAGAUAAUGCAACUGUUUUUGCCCUCUCCUAGACUUCUUAAGGGGAUUUUCUUCACCAGUAAAGGGACUCGCCUAAUCCUUCAUUUGCAAUUACAAAGAGAAUUGACAAAAAGCUCUUGGUCUAAUUCAAAAAACAGUGACACCAGCAAAAAGAAGGGGUCAGUGACACACUAGGAAGUUAACUCGUUUUGUAACCCUUUGCAGCAAAUGUGCAUUAGUAGAAAUUAAUAAGUACACACACAGUCCUAAAUGUGGCAGACCCCCUCCAGUAGUCGGCUGGAGGAGCAAUGGAGCAGAGAGGAGAUUCCACAGACAUGCAUAGUCACUCAAUGUCGGGAAUGGUGGGGGGGGGCUAGUGAUGAUCACUCAACUGUAAAAUAGGUUCUGUGUUCUGCCGUAUCAGCCUGGUCUGCUGUAUUAUUUUUUUCCCUGCAGCCUUUCAUCAAGACCCUGUUUGUUGGACUUGUGCAUGUCUUAACACCUCUGCUCUCGAGUGCAUUUGGACAGGAGGUAAUGGAGGUGAACAGUAAUCGGUGGGUAAUUGCAAGCUGUGGUUCUAACAGACAGACAGGGGCGCCGCUCAGCUUGUUAAAAGCUUAAUCGCUAGUGACUAAACAUGCGCUUCUACUCCUCCAUCAAACAAACUCAACCAUCUUUGACAGAUAUUGGGAGGUAAUCAAGUUGUGUGGCGUUCUCUCAUGGGAUGUGUGUGGGUAAUGUGCUUGACUCCCUCAACAUUUUGUACGUUUAACGCCACAUUUAAAGAUAGUCCUACAAUUGGAAAAACUCACUGCACAGAAUUAGUCAUUUCAAGUCAAACAUUCCAAGUCAUCCACUGUAUGUAAAUCCCUUUAAUAUCUGCCAAAAUAUAUAAAUUUAGCCUUUAACAUGUAGCUGAAUUUAGCUUUGCAGUUGUAUAAUGUAUUUUGUAUUUCUUUUUAAUAAAUAUAUAUUUUCUUUAUCUUUCUCUUUAUCUGUGCAUCUCCUGAAGUCCUCACACAAAGCAUGUACACUACUCCUUUUGUAGUGGUUAGUUGAUGCAGCUAUUGUGUCUUCUAUCGAUCAUUGUUGCCAGUGUAGUUUUUAUGGUCUGAUUAAUUAAGUCCGCCUGGCCUCAGCUGGCUGUUCUUUUAGGAAGCUACGAAGGACGAGAGGGUGGAGGAAGGGAUCAGGUGUAUUUGUGUGCAACGGGGUUUUUAGCUAACAGCUUCAUUAUAACAUCAAGCAGAUAAUGACAAUGAUAGUUGGCAAUAUCAGUCACUGUGCAUCUCUUUCCUCUUUGUUUAUUUAUUUAAAAGUAUGCUUGUCUUUAUUGCAGUGGUCACUUUUUUGAACUCAAGAUCCCUGGCCUCGGCUGUGAACCUAUACAGUGCCUGUAAAAAUAAGAACGUAUAAUUAGGGAACGACUGGUUGGUUACCCAUGCUUUAUUGUCGCUAUAUUGAGCUGACAGCUUCCUAAGGGUGAACUAUAGAACUGUAAGUGACAUAACGCUGGCAUUGAAGCUGAUUAAUGGCUAUUUCCUAAUCUAUUGAAGUGGUAACGCUCAUAAAUAAAAAUCCUUAAACACAAAUGCUCUUUAAAGACUGAGCUGUGCCUUUGCCUGAGCCGCUUCUUUAUCUUCAAUUAGUUGAAGUUCAAGUUAGUUCACUUGUUAGUUCUGAAGACAAGCUUAAUUGUGGCAAUUUGUUAAGUGAGCAUCAGAUUUUUUUUUUUAUUACCUUCGACUUCAUGCUGAUGAAAGUCCGGUGCGCUGAGGUUCUUGGCCCUGUUUGCACUCAUAAGUCUGUUUUCUGUCUGUGCAUGUUGGCUUAUCCAUGUUGUAGACGCUGCAGUGGUUUGCAAUGUAAUUUAUGGUAUGUUAGCUUCGACUCGGCUCAUUCAUAGACUUUGACGGCCUGACACUCCAGCAUCAAAGCUCUCUUUUUGUCCAGUACCCCAUUCUCUGCUUCUCCAUCUUUCCUGCGUUCAUGCAGAGCAGUCCUUAAAGGUUCCAAUCAGUUGGAGGUUCCGUUAAGUUCUCUCAUCAAGACUGAUUAGAAAAGGAACAAGGGAGAGAAAGAGGGAAGUGAUUUAAAGAGGCUCUCUAAAUUUCUUCCGUUGAUGCGUAAUCUUCUCCAUGGCGAUGUCCAGCUCUUUUUUCAAGGUUUUAAUCCUUCUAGCAAGGAAGAGGGAAACAUCUUUAAAGCCAUGUAGAGAUACUAACUGAUGUGUUGUGUGUUUAAAACAUGACUUUUAAGCAUGCCUUGUUUUGUUUAAUAGCAGAAAUUACACUAUUUGCUUGAUGUUGCUCAUUUUCACCACAGUGUGGCGAUACAACACAGUCAAGCAACUGCACUGAUUGUCUAGCAGGUCACUAAGUUGAUUAUCUGUUAACCAGCCUUUUAAAGGGAUUGUAGAAAUUACAUUAGUGCACACCAAAAAAAUAAAUGUUUAGUGUCAAUAUAUCAACAUGCUGAUGUGAUUAUGCAAAUUACUAAAUGGAAUUUGUAUUGAAUUAACUGGCUAUCACGCUGGAGACACACAUGUAUUUAAGACAAAAUGACGCAUGGGGUGUCAUGAGGAAUUGAAUUUGGCAUUAAGGGUCUUAAAUUUGGUGGCUAUUGCUUUCCCUGGGGGCUUAUUGUAAACAGGGGUCCCACUCUUUAUGCCCAAAAGAGGGCAACUCUCUAAUAAUAAUUCCUCCACCCUGCAUUAUAGCUCAGUUGAGACCAAAAGGGGAGGGGAUGGAGAGACAGACAGCAGUGAUUUAUUCAAGACUGAAGCUGGACGAGGAGGAAGGGAGGGGCUUAAGUGGAUUUGGGGUUCUUCUUUGGGGUUUCAGUGUAGGAUUAUCAUGGCAGGAACCUCCUUUUAGCACAUGUAUGUGCACUUUUGUACACACAUCUGUGAAACGCAUCUAAAAACACAGCUGACACCCCCCUCAGUCACACAAUGGAUUUGUGCAUAUGUGUUUUGUAGAUCAUGCAGAUCCACAUCAAUCUCUUGACACUAAGCUUCUCUGGAGACGUAUUUAAACCUGUCUUGCAGGAUUCCAACUGUGUGGAAUAUGGAUAUAUGCCGUAUCAUCGCAGUUAUGUGGGCUACGUAAGAUGAUAGGGACACCAGAUGAAAACCUUGUAUUUGACUCGAGUGAUUGAUGAAUGCAGGCUAAAUUUGCCAUUAAAUUCAUGAAUUAAGAUGAUUCCAUCAAUGCAAUGCUUUGAUGACAUUCUGGAAACACAUCGUUUUAUCUUGAUACACAUCGUUACAAACCGAGACAGACAUGAACGACUAAGCAUCCGUUCCUCAUCAUAGGAAGCCAUGAUUACUUUUUUUUCAUGAACGCACCACUGUUCAUUCCAGUAAUCAAUGACAUCCACUAGAACUUGCAUCCGAGUUGUGAUUGAAGCAUUGCCUCGAGCCUCAUAGUCUAACUCACUUCCUGAAUUUGUGGUCAUUGGUCAAUUAGUUUGUCAUUUCAAUUGCUGAUUGGAUGAUUUGGUGUCCCCUCCUCCUUCUCGCCCCUCCCGAUAAUGACCUACUGUUAUGCAUCAGUGAAAAAUGAGGUGUAAUACAGGAAGUAGGUCAAACACUAUCGUGUCAAUUACUGUAUCUGGUCAUUUUAGAGGAAGUGCAGAUGAACACUUGCACAUAUUGUUGUUGGUAGGGCUUUAACCCACUUCCUAUUGAUACACUCUCAUACUGCAUUCCCCCCUGCAGUACAGUUUAGCCCCAGGUGGCUUGUUACUAUGUGCCCUUCAGCUUCUUGAGGCACUUAACCUAAAUUAGCUCAGUCUGUCGCAGAUAAGGCUCCCUCCUUCGCAUGCAGCUCGAGAGCAACACUGCACAGCUUAAUCGUGCAGUUGUUACUGUUGUUUUCAUUGAGGUCCUUGGAAACAAUUAAAUGAAGUAGAUAUUAUUUAUGAUAUUGGAUAACACAGAAUCAUAAAGAACUGGUGUUGAGAUGUAGGUCAAGAAUCCAACCCUGCGUACAGUCGUCCUUGCUUGAAGACAUAUGUAUGCGUGUAGACGUCAAACAUUUGCACCCAUGUACUUGUCAGCCUACAUGUGCAACGUGUAAUGCGUGAUUAGGUCAACUGUCUAAAGGCAGUUGAUAGCAGAAACAGCUGCAGGCGCACACAUGAACAAUAAGGUGUACCUCCACACAUACAAUAAAGUAGAGUGGUGUCCCACUUUCAGGCAUCUAUAUUGAGAUGUCAUCAAUAUACCAAUGACACACACUCAGACGUUGUUAAGUGUGCCUCAUGGAUAUCGAUGUGGCGAUUCCUCUGAGGUUCCGCUCGGAAGUGACAAGGGGCUUUGAGUCAAUAUGAGUGGAGACAGCAUGGCUGGAUGGUAAUGGCCUAAUGUGGCCAGAGGGCAGCCAGGAUUUUAAGUUACAGUGAAAAGUGGUUGAGUGAUGAUUUGGACUGCAACAUGAUUUGGUUUAUUCUGCAAUUUAGUUAUUACUGCAUCUGCCUCCACAUCAUUACUUGUGCCCGACUUGGCUGCAACCAGGGUCUGUACUAGUUGCUGCCUAAAGAAGAACAUCAUCAUCAACAUCAACAUCAAAGGCUUAAUUUUGUUUUUAAAAAUAUUUUUACCAAAACAAGUCUUGAAAAAGAGGGGUCCUUUUAUACUAUUUUUCAGGGAUAUCUUCUACCCGGGUCAGUAAUGACAUCCGUGACCACAUGUUCCACUGUUCUUUCAAGUACAUAAAGGAUGUUUAAAGCUCAGAGUUAAGCAGGGAAAAUUAGUUUCAAAAGUCAACACAACAGGCCAGCAUGCACAAGUGUUGUCAGGCCAACUUGGGGGAGGAGGGGGAUUGGAUGUAAAACUUGUUGCCAAGGCGUUAACAGGCGGUUAGCUACAAAUCCACCUGAACCAAAAGUGGCCAUAAAACACUUGCUGAUGCCGGCUACAAAACUGUCCAUCUCGACUGUGAGUUCUGAGGAGAUGAGGCUGCUUAUAAAACUUAACAGGUGUGUACAGUUUAAUGGAGACCGAAGGUAGCACCAGGCUGUAAAAGUUGGUGACUGAGCUGUUGCGCACCUUCCAGACAGUCUGGCUUCCUGCUUUCGCUGUUACGACCAUUAGCUGCCCUGCUUUUCAUUCUUUGGGCUUCACGUCGUGUCUUUAACAGCUUCUUUCUGCCACCGAGCUUUCAACCGAGCUUGGAUUUCAAAGAGGGGUCACUCGAGAGCGCCCAAAGAAAAUUAGGCAUGACCGCCAACUCCUCUUGGCCUUUUAUGUUGGUUUUGGAGUCUGUCUUCUUUUGUUGAAUAUCUAUCUUUAUGGUGCCUCACCUUGUUGUGUAGACCUACAAUCACGCUCCAUCUGUCUCACCUGUCCUGCAUCAAUUGUUCCCUCGCUCAUCUCUCGCUCUCUGUCUCUCUCUGUCGAUCCCGCCUUUAUGUCAUUAUGUCAUUUCUCUCUCAUUGCUGUCUUUCUUGCCUCGCAUGGCUGCUCAGCAGAAAAUGCCUCCACAUCAAAGUGAACAUCUAUGCAGCCCAUCUAUAUUCUUUUUGUCCUUUCUGGAGGUCUUUUAAGCAAAGUUUGCUCCUGAUACAAUCUGUGCCAUUGUUCCUCAUGCCAUGUCAGGAACCUUUCAAAGGCAAGUGUUCUGUUUAAACAGAAAAACAGGCACACCGCCCAGUUUGCAGUUACCAUGCGUGCAAAUGUGUCAUUGCCUUCUCCAUUGUUUGUUAGUUAUGCAGAAACCCUGUAAGUGAUUUCCAAGAAACUUUGUGGAGGGUUAGCAGAAGUGCUGAGCAGUAGCCCACAAAAAAUAUUUGUCUUAAUACCAAUAAAAAUGUGGAUACAGAAAUUGUUUGUGCACAAUGAACCCGCACAACCUCUCCCAACCAUCCAAAUGGCAUAUCUGGCAAGAAUGGAAGUUUUGGUUUCUGUUGGUUUCUGUUGGUUUUUGAAGGGUUAGGCAUCCAGACGACGUUGUUCCAUUUAUGCAAAGCUACAAAAAUGCCUGGGUGCAUACUGUGCCACUGAUGCGUGUUUACCAACUGCUCGCCUUAUCCAAAAAGUCAAUUUGGGUCUGGAAUUUGUCUCCGCUAGUGAAGUCAAGUUUCAUUUCUAUCAAACUGUCCCUUGAGAAGAUAUACUAUAGAAAAUAGUUGCUGAGAUGUGUGUAGCCUGCUAACAACAUAAAGACAUUCACAAUGUGCCAUGAAAUGUUUUCGCAUUUUGUAAUGCAAAUUUGUUGUUGGGUUUAUUUUGAUAACAUAGUCUGUAUGCAAAGCCUAAAUGGAAGAGCUCUCCUGUCUUUACUAGAUGAUUGUUGUGUAAACGUAUCCUGAAUGUGCCACCAUCGCAUCUCGUGUGCGUUGUGUUGUCUCUGUGAAGGAAUCCCAGCGACAUGAAUGCGCCAGAUGAGAUGGAGAAAAACAGCAAAGGAAGGAUUAUAGAGGGCAGGACAGGGGAUUUGACCUUUUUGGCGUGAAACUUACCUCUUGCGGUUCUGUGUCAGAGGCACAAAAUUGGAAGAUUCUGUUGGCAAACUGGCACCCAUCCCAGCCAGAAUGGCGGGAGAGCGUCACACCAGAUGCCAGUUGUGUCUGUUAAAGAUGGAGCAAGAGACCAAACCAGUCAGCGAGAUAGACAGAAGGGCUGACUGGGACACAGCGGGUGAGUUUGGUGUCAGAAAAAGGUCAUUCAGCCCGUGAGGAGGAUGGGGAGGUGGGUGGGGUUGUUAAGUUGAAUUUACUGGGGUGUAAUGGACGGGAACGUUACCCCAUGUUAGAAUCAUUAGCGUCAGAAAAAACACUCAUUACUGAUUGUUUACUCAGCCUCGCCCUCCGUCACUUGUGGGGCUUCUGUUCUGUGUUUGGGUGAGAGUGGGUGUUUAUUCAGGACACCGUUCAACUUUCCGCCCCUCUAUUUUUAGGGAUAAUUAGCCAUAAUAUAGUGGAUGGAUAAGAAUCUGUUAGAUGUGAAAUUUCUGUCAGGUAAUUUAGGCCGGACUAGCCGGUGAUGAUUAUAUUUGUUUGGAAAAUACUUAACAAGUUACUCUAACAGAAGCUCACACGUUUACACUUGCCAAAUUCAACAUGUCUGAAAAGGAGUAGGAAGAACCAGAGCUUAUUUAAUCCUACUUCAUCUCCUCUAUGUUCACUUCUUGUGUUAAAAUAAAAAGAUAUAUAAGCACACGUGCACACUUCCUCAACAGGAAGUUACCCAGCAUGACCUGUGGGUUAUAAAAUAUUAUUGUUUUGCAUGUAUUUUAGUGUGCAAGCAUUAAUUUAGAUACCUGCAUAGUCCAUGUGGUGCGGUUACAGUUUUUUUCCAUGCGUGGGUGGGCUCGGAACACAACCCCCACGAAUAGCGGUGAUCUACUGUAAUGUAUAAAUUAACGUAGGCUAUAGAUGAAGCAAUAACAUAUAAAACUGAUGACAUUCAGGAUAUUUUAUAUUAGAUAGUAUGGUUCUCAGGGUCUUCCUUAUACCUUGUAAACAUUACAGUAUAUACUUGUACUGUUUCUUAAUUGGUGUCUUCGUUUUCUGGCUAAACAGGCUGCCUGAGAUCCAAAGUAAUCCAUAGUCUUUUUAUGUGUAUGUUCUAUCAUAGUACAUCUGUGAAGUUGUACCACUAUGUAAAAGGCAAAUAGUUAAACAGCGAUCACAGCAUCAUGAGCCUUGCAUCCACCACAACAUGACUUUACAUUGAUUACAAAUGAUUUUGAAUCAAUCAUCCCUUUGCCCAGCUGCAGCAUCUCUCUGCCAAUAGAUUAUUCAUCAAGCUUUACUCUGCGUGCAUAUCGAUGAAGACCAAAGCGAUCAGGUUCCCCACUGACCCCCGCCCCUGAGGCUUUGCUUUCAUUCACCAUGUAGCGAUAAAAGAUAGUAGAGGAGGGAUGAAAGAAUGUGCAUAUUCCUGCGCGUGCCCUAAAUAAUGUAUGUACAUUCACAGAAAGCAGUCUUAUGUUUAUUUCUGUGUUAUAUUUUAGAAGUGUCAUGUUUUGCAGUCUGUUUGCCUGAAGUUACUGUUCUUUUUUGUAUUUAUUUUUGAUUAAAGUGGAACCUGGAGGUUGAACAAUUUGGAAUUAAGCCCAAAUUGACAUGUAAAAAAAUUGCCUUCUUUUUAUGUUUUACCAUUAACGGUGGUUAGCUUCUUUUUACACUAACAACUAAUAACAUGAUGCCCUUGUCACUCAUUAUCAUAGUUACGACAGUGCACGUUAUUGUUUUGGUUCCACUGUUAACAGUGGUUGACUUAUUUUUUGCACUUGCGUGACCAUUGGGCUUCUUAAACUGUUACUUGCUAUCAAGGUUUUAAAACGACUACAGUUUGACCUUGUAACACAUGUCAAACAAACUCUAGGGGCGCUUACGUUUUUUUUCCAGGUUGCAAGACAAACUUCUGCACUUUGUACGCCAUCCAUGAGGCCAACGUGUGUCUUCCGCACGUUUUGCUGGUGUCGGGUUUGGGUAAAAUGUAAAUCUUUUCAGACAUCGCACUUGCGGACUUCUGUGUGUGUCCUGCACUAUGCAUGUUGAGAUCUUACUCCUUCAUGGUCCCCACAAGUAUGUUCUACACAAACAAACAAACAAAAAGCAACGAUUUGAGGAACACCAAAAGUCACAAGGCCAAAAAGUCAUACUUCCAGUUGUGAUACUUCCAGUCAUAUGAAUGUACAGUAUGUCGUGCUUCCCGUUUCCUGCACACUUGAAGCUUUUUGCUCACCCAAUUUGUGUAUUCAAAGCACUUCAAAGCAGUAAAACAUCUCUUUAAACAGUCACGUGUUUGGCUUCAAUGGCUCUUGAACAUACAGACACGCAAAGUGUUUGCACACUCACGUGCUGUACAAAAUACCUGGCCCUGCUUAUCUCCACCUGGCAGACUCCCCGACACUGGGACAGUGUGCGCAUGGCCCGAGCAUGAACCAGACGCACAUAAAUAAAACAAAGACUUCAAGUGGAAGUGUGGAGCGUAAAAUCAAUACAGGCUGGAUCAUGUUAUCAGCCAUGAAAGCACUCACAACUGAGGAAGAGAAGACAGUAAAAAUUAGGUGAUAGAAAGAGCAAAGAGAGCUUAACAUUAGAGGAUCAGGUCCAGUUGAGGGGUUUAGGGGCUCGGCUUAGCUCUAUCCAAUCCAAUUGCAAAAAUAAAAGCAGAGACCUGUCGAGUGAGGAUGGAGGUGUGUGCAUCUUUUUGUGGAAAAAAACAAAAUGUUGAUAAGUCUCCUUAUGAUGUGGCAGCUGCAACCCCCACUCGUCAAUCUCUGCCUCAUGUCUAUUCAUCUUGAACUCUUAAUCACAGCAUGUAAGCGCUACGAGAAGUCUUAAUAAUUCAUGUAUGCCCUCCAUUUUCCUUCUCCAGCAACAAUGCUAAUAUUGUUUCACCCAAAGGCAUGACGAUGAAGUCGUGCCAUGGACCAUUACACAAUCAUUUGUGUGAUAUUGAAGGAUAAAUCAAUAAUUCAUGCCAAUCUGACCAUCAUAUUGAAGUAAUGAGGCUCGUGACUGGGUUAGAAAAUACUUUGUAACCUUUAAGGUCGACAAGGUCCAUCUGGGAUACUGGUAGACCUCAAAUUUUCCCAUCGGAAAUAAAAAUAGACUGCUCCAGUGUCCAACUGUUGCCAUUUUUAAAUCACAAUUGUGGUCUGGUCUUACAACAGUAAAAAUAAAAUGUUUAAUAUUAAGGCAUAAUGCAAAUGUGCGACCCUCAGAGACGUGUUGUUCCGUGUUGUAUCAUGUCAAGGGUCUUCACCUUCACACAGAAAUGACAGACAUAAUUAACUGGGCUAAUAUCAUGUUGAUGGUGUGUGUUUUCAUGCUAAUGAACAGAUGACAUUGUAUGAUGCGUCCAUUUUUGCCUAUGGAUGCAAAUAAUCCUCAAAGUGGCCUACAUUUGGGGCUCUACUUCUGUGGGCGUAUCUGUUGACCUAUUCUAUGUGUGUGUGUGUGUGUGUGUGUGUGUGUGUGUGUGUGUGUGUGUGUGUGUGUGUGUGAGAGAGAGCGAGAACAAUAGGCUCUGUAAUAAUGGCUGAUCCUAAUACUGUACACGUGCCACACAGUUUGAGUCAGGCAUAACACAAGCAACCAAAACGCACACAGUGUAUCACAUGUUGUGAACUUUUAUUGUCCAUUCUCACACCACCACUUAAAUUUCAGCAUUUAAAUGUUUGUAAUCAUCUUUUUUUGAAGUCAUUAAACAGUGGACUCUCUAUUCUGUCAUUUGAAUUUGAUCAGUUCCAGGGUCAGACUGUCAAAUCUUUAGUCUUCCAUCCAUCCAUCCAUCCAUCCAUCCAUCCAUCCAUCCAUCCAUUUUCUAUGCCGCUUCUCCUCUUUCGGGUCGCGGGGGCAUGCUGGAGCCUAUCCCAGCUGUCUUCGGGCGACAGGCGGGGUCCACCCUGGACUGGUCGAUCUUUAGUCUUACAAGUGUAAAAAUAAGUUAACUGCUAAUAAAACACGCCUCAAGUGCGUCACUUUUUAACAUUCCCAUCUUUCUUUUGAAGUAAGUGAAACCUCUUUCCAUUAAAUAAAACACUGACCGUGAGUCCGUUUACUUCACGUAACUUUCAGCCUGUUUUCUUUCUUCUACUCUUCUCAUGUUCUUCUCUCAGCACCGCUUGUUGUAACUGCCUCUUUUGGAAUACGGCAUGUGUUAAGCCCAAUAAAAAGCAAAGAACAUGCUCAGAGUAUGUCAUGUCAAUACACUACUCCCAAAUAUUGAUAUUUUGCAAAAUACGCAUGCAUUUGAGCAGAAUACCAUUGCCUUUUGGAUUUCGGAGCACCUGAAAGGUGCGCUCCUUAAAUUAAGUACGGACACUUGAGUAUGUAUUAUUUUGUGAUUUUAUUUUAAUGUUGUAAAGAUGGGCAUAAUAAUUGAUUCUACUUGACCUAUCAUUAAGAACUACCGUGUUGAAUUUAAUGUUGAUUAAUCGCAAUGGACGCAAUGGAGGUAAAAUGGGGUGCACUACUUGACAGCAACCAGCAGAGGUGCUGUUGAUUCAGUCUGGUUUGCAAUUUCCUGUGCAGUUUUACUAUCUUCGGCAAACGUAUUGCGUUAUUUGUCGUAAAAAUAAAAUGAAUAAUAAAAUCAUGUCUUCAGGGUCUGGUGUUCAAGAAGGAGGGAGCUUUUUGUUUUUAAAACCCACAAAUUCAAGGAUCAUUUGCAGUCCCAUUCAAGCGCUUGUUGCUGCCCACUAUCCCCCACCCCCCUUCAUUCCCAUCAGACAACAGUCUCCUACCAUUUGGGAUGAAAAGAAAUACGGUGGCAGAGGGAGGGGCGGUGGAGGUGCACGUUGUGUGUGUCGGACAAUGGCGAGGCUUGUAUGUGAUCUAUAUUCAUGUGGCUCACAUUAACUAGCUUUUUUUAAUGUAUGAUCUACUAAGAUGCACCUCUGAAUAAUGCACUGUGACAAUGUUUGCAUGCAGGUGGAAAGCUGCAUCCUCCUGAGAAGAAUAGCUGGUUAAAAAAAACGAAUCAAAAAGGAGGUGAUUGCCAGUUUAAUUAGAUGCAUAAACAUUCCCAAGAUGAGUGGGCUGUAGUGGUUAACGCUUGUAAAUAAAAUGGGGCACGUUUAAAUUGAAGUUAGAUGAUGAAAUGAUGAGAACCAAAGGGAGAGGCAGCGAUGGCUCCUUGGUAACCAAAGCACAUCAGCACAACAGAGGGGCCGGUCCCACACCCCUCCCACUGUGUGUGUCCCUGAGGACCGGACUGCCUCGGGGUGGAGUGGUGAGUUGAUCGUGUUUAGAGAGAGACAGAGGUAGAGUCUCACUUGUCAGCAUAGUGGACGCUCACACUUGCCGCGGAGUAGGCGAGGAUGUGAGUGAAGCUCCAUCCUCCUCUUUUACUACCUGGAUUUGUCCUAAUUGUCCUCAACUGGAAUAAUGGUGUUCAUCGGGACCUCGCUAAAAUCUGUGAUCAAAUACUUCAAAAGGAAGGCGGUGUCUAACCUGGAUGAGGAGAGCAAAUGGACAGUUCACUACACAGCUCCAUGGCACCAGCAGGAGAACGUCUUCUUGCCAGGCUCCAGGCCACCCUGUGUAGAAGACCUCCACCGGCAGGCCAAAGUCAACCUGAAGAGCGCCCUACGAGAAUGUGACAAGCUGAGGAAAGAUGGUUUCCGCAGCUCCCAGUACUACUCGCAGGGGCCCAUCUUCUCUGACCCGCUGCAGUCCAGCAGCAGCCUGCAGGAUGAGGAGGACGAGGAUGAUAAGAAGUCCAUAGCCUCAUCGGCGGACGAUGAUCAGUCUCAGCUCUCCAUGAGGUCCCAGACGCCGCUAGCAGAGAGCGAAAAGGGAGAAGGUUCCGAGAUGGACGGACAGGGCGUGGUGUGGGCCAAAGCUGCGCCCCUCCCGACCCCGGAGGAGAGGAUGAGGCAGACAGCGCAGUCUGUGCCCACUGACAUCGUCGCCAUCAACGUCACAGGCGCAGUGUUUGACCGGCAGGCGAGCAUCCGGCGCUCCCUCAUUAACACUGACACCGUGUCCCGCCGGCCCAAGAAGGUCAAACGCAGAAAGACAAUAUCAGGGCUGCCUGACAACGUCAACCUGGAGCUAGCAAAAGGACGCGGUGGAGAACUACGACCACAUUCCAUGUUCAUCCCAGGACAGUACUCCACUUUGGGCCGAGUCGGGAGCGUCAACUCGACCCUCCGACGUUCCCAGACCCGAGAUUCAAGCUGCCAGACAGAAGAAGUGAAGGUUGUACCGCCGUCCAUGAGGAGAAUUCGAGCUCAGAGAGGACAGGGUAUCGCUGCCCAGUUGGCCGGCAUUUCUGCUUCCUCCUCGACAGGAAGUAUAUCCAUCUCCAGCAGCGACAGCUCUGGGAUCUUGAUGCUGCCACAUCAGCAUAACGGGGACCCGUCCAGAUUUCACAGUCUGCCCCGUCAGGGCGCUAGGGUGUCACUCAGCGCCGAUCCCAUCUACAGCAGCACCCCUAUUAAGUGCGAAGAACAGAACACACCCCAGAGGCAGAUUGGAAAGCUUCAGGCUGACGAUACAGUUGUGCAUAUGAGGAACGUCCCCAGGACAGGCACCCUACCCAGGCCCAAGUCUCAGGAGGUGAGGCGGACGCGGUCCAGCGACUGGGGUGGCGGUCCAGCCUGUGUGGUGUUGCCGCAUGCCGCCUAUUCCACCUCAUUCAUCCCCAACGCCACCCUGCCCAGCUCAUCCGAGGUCAUCACUGUCAACACCUCUGGACAGCAUUCCCACUCACCAUCCUCAGCUGACCCAGCUGCUCGGCCUCUCAGUCUAGCCUCCUGCACUGAUCCCCUGACUUCCAGUCUGGCAGGCUUUACUCACAGCGCCACCUGUCCAGCCCUGGCCACCUCCACUCCUGUUCACACGCCACUGGAAGGGAGUCGGGUUGCAGCAGCACCCGCUAGCGAGUCUGGGCAAUCGGACAACAGCCUGCACAGUCAUAGCACCUUGGCACCCACACCACCCUCGUGUCAGACAGACGAGCAGUGGAUCUACGACGCACCAGAAAAUGUGGUGGUUCCUCACCACACUCUGACCUCCAGCUCUUCCACUCCCAUCAACCAGCUGUACAACAGCCUGGAGGUGUCGUCCAGGACAACUACUGAUUCCAGCUCACUCUAUUCCCAGGACAACGACGGAUAUUACACCUCCAUGCACCUGGACUCGGGCCUGCGCUCACGCAGCCAUGGUAGUGGACACGGGAUGGGCGCUGGACGGGCCACCAGACACAGCAUGUACGAGUGCCGUGAGAUGGCCAAUCAGGAUGAGUACGGCAGCUUGUAUAGCGAUCGCUCCCUAGCCCGCAGCAUCUCCCUUCGCAAGUCCAAGAAACCCCCGCUGCCCCCGGCUCGCACAGACUCCCUGAAGCGAAAACCUGGCCCCAAAAAGCCUCUUGGAGGUGUGAGCGCCAUCAGUGGUAACAGCGAGCCCAACAACGCCAUGCUGAAUGAGACUCUGAUUGCCACCUUGCAGCAGAGUCUCCAGAUGGGGCUGAGACCUGGGAAAGGAAAAGGCGCCUCCCCGUCUUCACCCUCACACAGCCCCAGCAGCGACUACGAUGACCCUUGGGUGCUACGUCCACGGAGUCAAAGUAGCAUUAGCGCAGGGAGCUCCGCUACAUCAUUAACAACUAGUGCAAAUGGCAUGGGCGUGUCCAAUGCAUACUCGCUAUGUCACGUGACCCCUGCUCACAGUGACACCAGCAGCUUGCGUUCCGACUAUGCUGAUUCCUGGGGCUACUACAUGGAAUACCCUCGGAACCACGGGGACCAGAGUUUACAGACACCUGCAGCUCAUAUAGAUAACAUGGCAACCGGGCCACCAGGAGAAGUGCGGAAUGGAACUGAGAUUCAUGGUAGCCAUCAGGAACAAGAAGCUUCAGGCCAGGAAGAAAGAGUGGCAGUAAAGCCGAAAACAUCUCCGGAAAGAGUGCACAGACUCACUUCGCCAUCUAGCGGCUACUCCAGCCAGUCCAACACCCCCACAGCUGGAACACCUGUGCCACAUGGCAUCCGGUCCAUGUCUCCCUCAGGCAGUCGACCCAAGCCCAAAGUUCCUGAGAGGAAAUCAUCUCUCAUCUCCUCGCUAUCUAUGUCCUCUUCCUCCACCUCACUUUCCUCUAACACCUCAGACUCUCUCAAGAACUCUGGGCCUUCCGCACCACCACAUGUGCCCGUGACCUCGUCCUCAGCUCCAAGCACCCCCCUCAGCCCACCACCACCAUUCCCUCCUCCUCUGCCACCAAACAUGAAUGCACAUUCCCCUGCUUCUCCUUCUCCACCAGCACCCACACUGCUGCACACGCCACAGUUUCAAACACAGACCCCGCCACUAGGCUGCUCCAUUUCACCGGAUUUCCCACCUCCUCCAUCCCCUGAAACUCUAAUUCACCCCAGUGUGUCGCUCAAUGGGAGCCUUAGUCCUCCGCCCCCGCCACCACCUCCUGUGUCCCUCACGGGCCCCCCGCCACCUCCUCCACUGCCUGCUGUUGCCUCCUUCUCUUCCUCCCCAUCUGCUGCCGAGAAAGCGCCCACAGCUGCCGUUCCAAACAGUCCUACAAAGUCUCCCAUGCCUCUCAUUACACCUUUUGCUCUGCGUAGCGUUCAGUUACGAUCAGUCCGGCGGCGGGAGGAGACCGACAUCGACCUGGAGCUGUCUAAAGCUCAGGAAGAAGGGACAGACUUUAUGGGCCUGCAGCCCCACAACUUGGAUAAGUCUCAUUCGCAGGUGCUGAUAAACUCCUCAGAGCAAAAUAACUCAUGUGAUCUUACUCCCUCGCCUGUGUCAAACCUUAUCGAAGAGCUGUCUUUAGACUGCAGUAUCACGCGUGACAUACCCGAUUGUCUUGUCAAUGGAAAACCUGAAGAUAGCUGCGUUCUUUCAAAUGGGAUAGAAGACAACAAAGGGCAGAGCGUAUUGCCGAGCCUCUCUGUCAAACAGAAGCCUCCGAUCAUCUCCAAGAAACCCAAAUUCUCUUUUGUCCCGCCGCCAAGCCCUCAGCCAGUCCAAGCUGAAGACAAAGACUGUGUGUCCCAACCCCAAGUUAAAGAAGAGGAGCUAGGGGAGGAUGAAGAAAGUUUGGAGAGCUCUGAGCCACAAGAAGAGAGCAGCGACACGUCCACAGACAUCCAGUCUGAGUCUCAUAUCUCUACGGGCCAGAACGCCAGCCUGGACCAAGAACCCUGCCAGAACGGAGAGACCCCUGAUGACGAUGAGGAUGAGACGAGUAGCUCGGCGGGGUCCAUCAGCUCCAAGGAGGACGACGCAGGUGACGUGUUUGAAUCCAACACGGCCGAGUCAUCUCUCAACGGGACUCCGGAGGGGAGCAUGGUGACCCCGACUCCCACGCGGACCCGAACUACAGAGGACCUUUUUGCCGCCAUUCACAGGUCCAAGCGCAAGGUUCUUGGUCGCAGGGAGUCUGAGGAGGACAAGUCCCGAUCGGGGAGUCACUCUCAGUCCCCGCCCUUGACGCCCACCAGCACAUCCCCGGGCCCGGUGUCAUCGUCGCCGCGCCAGGCGGGCUCCAUCCAGCGGCACCUUCGCAAGUCAUCCACCAGCAGCGACACGUUCAAAGCUCUCCUCCUGAAGAAGGGCAGCCGCUCGGAGACCAGCUUCAGGAUGUCCGCCACCGAGAUGCUGCGCUCCACGGACCCCCGCUGCCAGCGCUCGCGAUCCGAGGGUGCGUCGGACUCCCCCGGGUCUGCCGCUUCCCCGUCCUCGCCGCCCACUCCCUCGAGCCCGUGCGCUUCCCCCGGUCGCAGCAAGAGGGCGGCAGACGAGUGGAACCGCUACGAAGCCCUGGCUCUGUCCUCGCCGACGUCCUCCGCCUUCCCCAUGAGCGGCGGCGGCAAGUACGGACGCUCACGCACGCCGCCAUCGGCCGCCAGCAGCAAGUAUAACGCUCGCUGUCGAAUCCUCAGCAGCCCCAUGACGGUCAUCUGCGAGCGUGAUGGCGAGCUGGCUGAGAGCGAGUACGAGUACACGGCGGACAGCCUCAAAGACUCCAACGGCACUUUAGCAGACGAGAGAUAAAAGAAGCAUGGAUGACCUCUAUCAUGCUUACCAGGAAGCAGGAGGUGGAGCCGGCAGCAGGCCCCGCCCUCUUUGGCCUGCCCAGGCAAAGACAUCCUGAUGUGAGGUUUUGGGACUACACCUUUUCUUUUGUCUUUCAAACCCAGUUUGUUUUUCAUUGUUGUUUACUUCAGGCUGUCACGGCACAGUGCUGCCACCUAGCGACGAGUAGCCUCAUAACUCAUCCAUCAGUUGACUUUAUUGUAGAUGUUGCACUGUGCAUAGUUCUCCUUCUGUCUUUGCGUGUUUGUUUCUAAAGAAUGUUUAACUCAAAGCAAGCAACGUCUGUGUGGAGGAAGUUAUCCUUUUCCUACCUGGUCAUCUCUGAGUGGUCGUCGUGGUUACCAAAGAGCCAAACAAAUGAACUGAAAAGCUGGAUGUAAACACAACAUGAGUUUGUUCGACCCGCGAAUCUCGCCUCCAAAUGACCUCUGUGACCUUUCAAAGUUUAUCCUCAUACAGUUUUAUAUUUGUUGUGUAUGUAAAUAAAUAGAAAAGGAAUGUUUUAUGUGA